GAGAAAGAAGGAAGGAAAGAGAGAGAUUAGGCUGUAUCUGUGUAAUACAUUGUUUCCUAGUGUCAGAGUGGAUUGUUGUCUGAUUGGUUUUUCCAGUUUGAUUUUAGGUUGUCGCCAGUCCAGUCGACCCAGGACAUGUUUCUAGUGUAAACAGCUGUUAGGACAUACCCAUUUAAGUGACGUGUUUAGGUGGUGAGUGUGUGUGUGUGCAGAGGGAGACCUCUAUGUGAAUGGACUCAUUGAGUCAGUAUGAGGGGAAUGUAUGGAAGGCAGCAGAGUUUCACUGAUGAGUGUUCUGAGGCUUAUGUGUGACCGCUCACCCAGGAAAACUUCACUGCUGAGGACCUCUGUUUGACUACUGGAGCCGACACCACAGAGACACAGAGAGGAAUGGACAGAGAGGGAAGGAGAACUAACAAUCAUCUCUGAGUGUGUGGGAGACAGAAAUGCAGAGAAUCUUCAUGGAUGGAAUCUCAAACCUGUGGAUAUACAAGUGAGUGUCUGUUGAUAUCUGGAGCACCAAACAUGAGCAGAUUGCAGUUCAACCACUCUGACGUUUCUGCUGGGGCAGACAAACACCUUUCCUACCAGGCCUGUGCUGCUGUCGAAGGCUUCUGUGAUGAUUUUGACCAGUGGUUAAACUGCAAAAAGGAUUACUGGGAUUCUUAAACUGUCACCUUUUACUACAUACUACAUUUGGAAUAAUUCAACUCGCACUGAACCCAUUCCCCAGUGAGGGGAAAUACACAACAGGCUCCACAAUGGCCACCGGACAGUUGAGACAGAGUGGUGGUGUGAGGGACGUGAUCCCAGAGGAUGGCAGUGACAGGGGAGGAAACUGUGGCAAUGCAGGGAAGUUGGCUGGAGACCAGGGCAGGACAGAGUGGAGAAGGAUAAACCUGCCCAAAAGGAGUAAGAGUUUAGACUGGAGAGGAAGGGGGGCUAGCCCUGGCGAGGGGCUCAGGACGGGGCUGCUGAGGUGUUCUGGGAACCUAGGGGGGUCCACACUUAAACGAGCAGAGAGUUUGGAGAGUAGGGGGGCAGGAGAGAGCAAUGUGUUGUCCAGGUUGAAGGCCUUUAACUCAGUUGGACCAGGGGAAGUGAUGAGCCCCGUUGGGGGGUCAGAGUGUUCCCUUGGUGAAGGGGUGUCCCCUGUGGGUCUAGGGUAUGUGGCUCUAUCUCUGGAGAGGGCCAGUGGGGGCCAGUCCCUCCCCACCAGGCUGAGGUCUAGUCCAGGUCCUGGGUCUGGAACCAGAAAACCAGCCCGUGGAUCUCUUGGAUCCUCCAGGGGUCAGAGUAUCUGGGACCGGAUACAGAAGCUCUAUGGGACUACUGGGCCUGAUAAAGCUACUAACAGAGAUGAGGAUGUGAAGGACUCAACCAGAACCAAGCGUCUCUCAGCACCGGUAGGAGACUGGUCUCUAUUGGAGAGGGAUGGGGGGGAUACAGCAGCCAAUCGCAGGAAGUCCACCACAGACUCUGUCUUUGUCUCCCCCCUCUCCUCCCCCUUUUCCUCCACCUUUCCCUCCCCCCUCAGUGGUUUAUCCAGGGGGGAGAGGAACGGCCUGCUCUCACACACACCCCUGGUAGAACAGAACACCACACACACACCCCUGGUAGAACAGAACACCACACACACACCCCUGGGUGGACCACACCCACACUCUCAUACAAACCCUCACACACACCGUUAG